UUAGGCACAAGUCGCUUGAAGGGAUCAGCGACGAAAUUCUGCGUCGGUCCUCCUCGCGCCAGAAUCGAAACCCUUCCGAUUCCUUGCUGCCCUCCGGCGAACCUCAGCUUCCCACUGCCUCCAAUCCGCCACCGUCGCUCCCGCCGAAUCUGCCGGUUCGUCGGACUUCCCGCUUCCGCCAAGAUAUUCCCUGCGAGCCUCAAUCGCCCGCGGCUACUUCCCGUCGCACAUUCCGCAGCCGCUCCCCUGCGCCGCCUCCUCCGGAGGAUGCCGCAUGUCUGGCACUGUCGCCUCCGCGGAAUCUGGUGGAGUCGGCGCAUCGGAGGUCUGUCUCUUCCACGACGUGUUCGCUGGAGACGCUCUCUCGGCCGGAGAAGGAGAAGGGAUCCUCCCAACCUAGAUCCAUCUCGUCCGCGUUUGAAUCCGGCUAUCGGUCAGGGGAGGCCCUGUCCUCAGGGGAUGUGAAGCAGAUCAACGCGUUCCUCAGUGGGCAGAGGAAAAUGAUCGGGAGGAUCUCUCGUGGAGAAGUCCUAUCUAAAGUCAAGAUCAUCCUCUCCGGAUCGUCAAAUGGUUUAAGCACGACGAGUACGAUGGUGGCGGCUAUAUGUUAUGCAUGGUUACUGCAGAAUAGAGAGGAGGAAGAUGUGGCCGUGAUACCAGUGGUGAACAUUGAGAGAGGGAGGAUGAACAAGCAUGAAGAAGCUGCUUGGCUCUUUUUCCAUGUCGGCAUUGAUGCUUCAGAACUGCUCUUUGCGGACGAGGUAGAUCUUGGUAAUCUUUUAAUGAACAGACAAUUAAGUAUGCUUGUUAUCGGGCAAGAUGUGCUUAAAACCAAGAAUGAGGUUGGUUCAUUGUGCACAAUUCUCACAGAUAAUUACUGUGAAGAAGCCUAUGAUCUACUUCAAAAUCCUAAGUUGAAAAAUCUAUUGCUUGCAGGUAUUCUCUUGGAUACACAUAAUCUUAAUUCCACAUCUUCGUUUGUUGCAAAGAGAGAUGCAGAGGCAGUACGAUUGCUUUCCGCUGGUUCUUCUCCCGACUACAGACAUGAAUUGUUUGAGCAAUUGAUGCAAGAUCACAAAGACAGUUUGUUUCUUGAAGCUCUCAAGAAGCAUUAUGGAAAGGCUACCCAUGACUCAAAGGGAAAGAGUCUGCCCGUUGUGGCGGCUCCAACUCGGACUCCAAAUCCAGGACCUCUUCCAGGGAAGGAACGUGAAACCCGUGGGAAAAACAAGUUCUUUUUGGCAAAAUGGUUUGGUUUUGGUUCCAAAUGAUGCAAAUUUCCAACAAGUAUUAUCCUUAUUGUUAUUUUGGGUGAAAGAUGGGCAAUAGUUGGUCUUUUAUUCAACCAUAGCUGAAAAAAAAGUACGUAUAGAAAAUCCUUGGAGCUUACAGAAACCCCUCUUGGGCUCCCGAGGCUCCAUGGUAGCUCUGUCAAAGUUAGACAUUUGCUUCUUGAGCGUUUUGCUACUUUGGCUAACUUGUCCACUGUAAUAUGCUCGUCAAGCAGUCUGUGUUUCACCUUGAUCCUCCAGGUUUGAGUAUUAUAGUUGAUUUAAGUUCUGCUAAAGAAAGUUGAGCGUUAGAUGUUUUCGCGGAUUCAUUGGUUAGAUAGAAUGUUCCUUUAUCAUAAAUGUGAUUGUGUAUUCGUAAGA